GGUCAGGAGAGUCCUGUCAGACGCAAGCUGAGUUUACCACCUCUCUCUCCCUCAGUGGCGAGUCAACGUGUUCGACUAUUUGCCUUCAACUUCACCCCCCUUGGACUCCCCAAUAAAUAACCUACAGCGGAACCGACCGGGCCAUGGCCUUCCUUGGGAGCACGGUUCGGCGCUUGGCGUCGGCAGCGACACGCCCCCCGCUCGCCACCCCACUGUGCCGUGCCAGUUCUCGAACCUACAGUUCAGAGCCCACCAAAGAGAAGAGCGUCCCCUAUGAAAAGACGCUCAAGCAGGAUGACGGCAGCUCUUCAGGUCCGACUAAACCAUUACCAAGGUCGGCGGACGUUGUGGUAAUCGGAGGAGGCAGCCUGGGCUGCCAGACUGUCUACCACCUCGCCAAAAUGGGGCUGACCAACGUGGUUCUGCUGGAGAGGGACCGACUGACUGCCGGAACCACCUGGCACACUGCAGGUCUCCUGUGGCAGCUGCGCCCGAGCGACGUCGAGGUGGAGCUGCUGGCCCACACCAGAAACGUGAUCAGUAAAGACCUGGAGGAAGAGACGGGCCUCCACACCGGCUGGAUCCAGAACGGAGGACUGUUCAUUGCAUCCAACAAGCAAAGGCUGGACGAGUACAAGCGUCUCAUGUCGCUGGGUAAAGUGUACGGCAUCGAAUCCCACGUGCUGUCACCAGCCGAGACCAAGGACCUCUACCCCCUGAUGAACGUCAACGACCUCUACGGGACGCUGUACGUGCCCAAAGAUGGCACCAUGGACCCAGCGGGCACCUGUACCACAUUGAGCAGAGCGGCUUCAGCUCGGGGGGCCACGGUGAUCGAGAACUGCCCCGUGACUGGCAUCCAAGUGCGGGCGGACGACCUCGGGGUGAGGAGGGUCAAGGCAGUGGAGACGCCGCACGGCACCAUCGAGACGCCGUGUGUGGUUAACUGUGCAGGCGUCUGGGCCACCAAACUGGGGGAAAUGGCCGGUGUGAGGGUGCCCCUCAUCGCCAUGCAUCACGCCUACGUGGUGACUGAAAGAAUCGAAGGCAUUCAGAAUAUGCCAAAUGUGAGGGACCAUGAUGCAUCGGUGUACCUCCGUCUCCAAGGUGAUGCCCUCUCCGUGGGCGGAUAUGAACAGAACCCGAUCUUCUGGGAUGAGGUUUCCGAUAAGUUUGCCUUCAGCCUGUUUGACUUGGACUGGGAUGUUUUCACGCAACAUAUCGAGGGUGCCAUCAACAGAGUUCCUGUCCUGGAGCAGACUGGGAUUAAAUCCACGGUCUGUGGACCAGAAUCCUUCACAGCAGACCACAAACCGCUGAUGGGAGAAGCUCCAGAGGUUCGAGGUUUCUUCUUGGGCUGUGGCUUCAACAGUGCUGGUAUGAUGCUCGGCGGUGGUUGUGGCCGAGAGCUGGCUUACUGGAUCAUCCAUGGACGCCCUGAGAAGGACAUGUACGGAUAUGACAUCAGGCGUUUCCACAACUCGCUGACGGGCAACCAACGCUGGAUCCGAGAGCGGAGCCACGAGUCGUACGCCAAGAACUACUCGGUGGUUUUCCCCUUUGAUGAGCCGCUGGCCAGCAGGAACAUGAGGAAGGAUCCCUUCCACCAGGUUCUGAUGGAGCAGGGCUGCGUGUUCCAGGAGAGGCAUGGCUGGGAAAGACCAGGUUGGUUCACCAAAGGUGGAAAAGCUCCGGUGAAAGACUACGAUUACUACGGUGCCUAUGACGUCAAGAAGAAUCAAGAGUACAAAUACAACGAGCUGCUGGGCAAAGAGUACACCUUUGACUUCCCGCCACAUCAUGAUGUGAUAAAGAGCGAGUGCCUGUCAUGCAGGCACGGUGUCGCCGUGUUUGACAUGUCCUACUUUGGAAAGUUCUACCUCACCGGGCCCGACGCCAGGAAAGCAGCAGAUUGGUUGUUCACCGCCGAUGUCAACAAGAAGCCAGGUUCCACCGUGUACACCUGCAUGCUGAAUAAAAGAGGAGGUACCGAAGCUGACCUGACGGUGAGCAGACUGGAGGCCGGAGCCGCCAACCUCCCGCUGGCGCCCGAGUCCAACGGUGACGCGUACUACCUGGCUAUCGGUGGGGUUGUCGCCGAACACAACUGGAACCACAUUCGAAGCGUUCUCCAGGACCAGGGCUUCCGCUGCCACCUCACAGACCACUCGGAAAACAUGGGCAUGAUCAGCAUACAGGGACCCAAGAGUCGGGAGGUUCUACAGGAGGUGUUGGACGCGGACCUCAGCAACGAAGCCUUCCCUUUCUCCACACACAAAGUUGUCAACGCCGCUGGCCAUCAAGUCCGGGCGAUGCGGCUGUCCUUUGUGGGGGAGUUGGGUUGGGAGCUCCACAUCCCCAAAGACUCCUGCCUUCCCGUCUACCACGCCGUCAUGGCGGCCGGCGCCAAGCACGGCAUCAUCAAUUCUGGCUACCGGGCCAUUGACUCACUCAGCAUCGAGAAAGGCUACCGCCAUUGGCACGCCGACCUCCGCCCCGAUGACACGCCCCUGGAGGCGGGGCUUGCCUUCACCUGCAAGAUGAAGAGCUCCAUCCCUUUCCUGGGUCGAGAUCAGCUGGAGAAACAGAAGGAAGAGGGCCUGAAGAGGCGCAUUGUGUCCUUCACCAUCGACGAGAAAGUUCCCAUGUUUGGCUUAGAGGCCAUCUUCCGGAACGGCGUUCCCGUGGGUCACCUGCGCCGCGCAGACUACGGCUUCUACAUCGACAAGACCAUCGGCUACGGAUACGUGCGCAGUCCUGACGGAGGAACGGUGAGCGCCGACUUUGUGAAGAGCGGCGAGUUCACGCUGGAACGUAUGGGAGUGACGUACGCGGCCAAGGCCCACCUCAGAUCUCCCUUUGACCCCGAGAACAAGCGCGUGAAAGGCGUCUAUGACUGAGCCGGCCCGAGAAAAGAGACAGCGAUGUUUAAGAUGCAAAGUCUCUCAGGCCAAAUGUGAACUUUUAUUCCCGGCUGUGAUUGGACAGAAGUGUGAGAGGAGGCGGGAUUGACCGGCGCUCAUCUUCACCAGCGAGGUCCUUUAGUAUCCUUUUGUGGGAUCGUCGACUUGUGGAAUCAUCAUCACUGAUGGAAACCUUUUCAUUCUUACCAUUCUUUUCUCUUGCUGCCAUUUCCAAGGAACCAGCUGCUAGCUUAGCAGCUAACCUGGACCUGAUCAUUUGUUAGCUGCUGAACCCUCCAAAAAAUCGCCAUUUUAGUGUUUUAUUGCUGCAUAAAAUGCCUGUUUGAGUAAUAAUUGUCAAUAAAUUGUUCAGACACGCGGAAAAAUGCCUUUAAAGAACAAUAGUGUGCUUGAUGAGUUUGCUUAAUAACUCAUGCUAGUCGAGUGAUAGUUGAGUGAUUUUGAUGCCUUCCAGGGACAAAUAGUUUGCCCAACAGCUUGGUAAAAUGUAUUUUUUACUGUUAAGACACCAGGAAAUGCCAUUAAAGAACAAUUAUGUGAUUCUUGGA